AUGUGCCGCACCCGGAUUUACCCGCGGCGGCUGUAUACUACACUUUGGCACAAGCCAGUCAAAAUUGCGUUGCAGAAGCUUGCAAUCAUCGACCAAGUCUUGAAUGCCAUUUCGUCGCAACCUUAUCCCGACCACCGUGGAACACACCGAGAGGCACCGGAGGUUAUCUAUGUGGCCGAUUCCAUUAAUUUGGAUCCGGUCUACAACCCAGCAUGCAAGCCCACCGGGCCAAUCAUCCCUUCGUUACAAGCCUCCUCCACUGUGUUAAAGAAGCACUCGCUGUUCCAUUACAUCAUCAUAAUUUGGUUUCCAUUGUCUCAUCAGACGACGCAAGCCAUUCAGCAGUGCAUUGGGAAUGAAAGCUGGCACCCUGCCGAAGGCUUUGGUGCCGCCGACUGCAAGGCAUUCUUCAACGGCUUGGCAAAAGCCAUCGAUUAA